AUGGCGGACAGUGCGCGCAACCCAAUGCCGAGGAAUAGUCUUCCGGUGACUAUCAACUCCGUCGAUACGACAGGAAAUGUGAUGGCAAUCACACCUGCGAUCAAUUUAUACUGCAUCGAAGAACCGAAUCGGUUGUCAAAACUCCUACAUGCGGGCCCGUCGAGCAGACUUGUACCGAUCAACGAACAUGAGCGACCACCGGCAAUCGGCGAUGAGAACCGGGCUGCGGGAGUAGAGACGACCAUUCGAUAA